AUGGCAUCUGCUUUGGCCUUCUCGGGAGUCGCGCUUAUUACCGGCGCAGCUGCAGACACUGGAUGGGCGAUUGCAAGUGCAUUUGCAAGUGAAGGAUGCAUGAAGAUCGUAAUUGCCGAUCUUAUAGAGUCCGCGCUCAAAGAAGCUCACUCUGAAAUCGAGACAGAGUUUUCGAAUGUUCAAAUUUUAUCUUGUGUCGUUGAUGUAUCAUCUCCAGAGGAGAUUCAAAACUUAAUUGAUAAGGUAAUUGAGAACUUUGGCCGAGUAGACUACGCAGUUAAUGCUGCCGGAAUUCUGGGAGCAAGCAAGCGCUCUCAUGAAAUGAGCGUGGAGGAAUUCGACAAAAUCUUGCAGGUGGAUUAUAGGGGCUGUUGGCUUUCCUCGAGGGAAGAACUGAAGCACAUGGUUCAACAGAAGCCGCUCCCUAGUCAUGAUGGACGACCAGAAAAUCGUGGUGCGAUUGUGAAUACUGCGAGUCAACUGGGAACUGUGGCAAGACCCACCGCACGUAAUUAA